GUGCUGAAGUAACUUCUAGAAAAGUCUGUGGCUCAAAUUAGAAGCACAGUGGGUUGGAACCAUCUGAGCAUCCCCUUUUUUUUCACCUGGCACCCAAUUGACGCACUUUCCCUGCCUCCAGCACCAUGUAAUGAUUGGAGAAUUGAGCCAAACGGAUAGUGGGAGCCACUGCUCCAGUGUUUGGACUGAGCCAGCAGUGUCCCUCUGCCAGAGCUGGACAGUAGCAAUCCUAGAGAGCGCUGAGCAGAUUCUACCCCCGCCAGUGCCAGCAGCAGUUCCUGUCCUACAGGUGACUCUUCGUGGCUAAGGCAGUGGACCCCAGCAGCAGGUGUCAUGCAUGAGAAGUGGCUGGCCAUGUUGGCGUUGGCAGUGCAGCUUGAGAGCCUUAUCCAGCAUUUGGUGCCUGGAUCAAAGUGGAACAGCUCAAGCCGUAUCAUGCACAUAAGGAGGAAAUGAUAAAGAUUAACAAGGGAAAACGAUUCCAGCAAGCUGUGGAUGCCGUAGAAGAGUUCCUCAGAAGAGCCAAAGGGAAAGACCAGACAUCAUCCCACAAUUCUGCUGAUGACAAGAAUCGGCGUAAUUCCAGUGAGGAGAGAAGUAGGCCAAACUCAGGUGAUGAAAAGCGCAAGCUUAGCCUGUCUGAAGGGAAGGUGAAGAAGAACAUGGGAGAAGGAAAGAAGAGGGUGUCUUCAGGCUCCUCAGAGAGAGGCUCCAAGUCCCCUCUGAAAAGAGCCCAAGAGCAAAGUCCCCGGAAGCGGGGUCGGCCCCCAAAGGAUGAGAAGGAUCUCACCAUCCCCGAGUCUAGUACCGUGAAGGGGAUGAUGGCCGGACCCAUGGCCGCGUUUAAAUGGCAGCCGACCGUGAGCGAGCCUGUUAAAGAUGCAGACCCUCAUUUCCAUCACUUCCUACUCAGCCAAACUGAGAAGCCAGCUGUCUGUUACCAGGCAAUCACAAAGAAGUUGAAAAUAUGUGAGGAGGAGACUGGGUCCACCUCCAUCCAGGCAGCAGACAGCACGGCUGUGAAUGGCAGCAUCACGCCCACAGACAAAAAGAUAGGAUUUUUGGGCCUUGGCCUCAUGGGAAGUGGCAUCGUCUCCAACUUGCUAAAAAUGGGUCACACAGUGACUGUCUGGAACCGGACUGCAGAGAAAUGUGAUUUGUUCAUCCAGGAGGGGGCCCGCCUAGGAAGAACCCCCGCUGAAGUCGUUUCAACUUGUGACAUCACAUUUGCCUGCGUGUCAGAUCCAAAGGCAGCGAAGGACCUGGUGCUGGGCCCCAGCGGUGUGCUGCAAGGGAUCCGCCCUGGGAAGUGCUACGUGGACAUGUCAACAGUGGACGCUGACACAGUCACCGAGCUGGCCCAGGUGAUUGUGUCCAGGGGGGGCCGCUUUCUGGAAGCCCCGGUCUCAGGGAAUCAGCAGCUAUCUAAUGAUGGGAUGUUGGUGAUCUUAGCAGCCGGAGACAGGGGCUUAUAUGAGGACUGCAGCAGCUGCUUCCAGGCAAUGGGGAAGACUUCCUUCUUCCUAGGUGAGGUUGGCAAUGCAGCUAAGAUGAUGCUGAUCGUGAACAUGGUCCAGGGGAGCUUCAUGGCCACCAUCGCUGAGGGCCUCACCCUGGCCCAAGUGACAGGCCAGUCCCAGCAGACACUCUUGGACAUCCUCAAUCAGGGACAGUUGGCCAGCAUCUUCCUGGACCAGAAGUGCCAAAAUAUCCUACAAGGAAACUUUAAGCCUGAUUUCUACCUGAAAUACAUUCAGAAGGAUCUCCGUUUAGCCAUUGCGCUAGGUGAUGCCGUCAACCAUCCGACUCCUAUGGCAGCUGCAGCCAAUGAGGUGUACAAAAGAGCCAAGGCACUGGACCAGUCUGACAAUGACAUGUCUGCCGUGUACCGAGCCUAUAUACACUAAGCCCUUGACCCCAGCCCCAGCCCCAUCUUCCCUCUGACCCCCUCUUCCUCACACGGAGUUGGG